ACAAUGCAUUGGAUCCGGAACCGUCACCGAAUGGACAUAAGAAAAUAUCGAAAGUCAUUAUGACAUUUAUCAGUCACCAAAUGUACUGUUACAUGGUUCUUCUUUUGCUCUGGUUCAAUUUUGCCCGAGCUGUUGUUGGCCUAUUUCCUCUCAAUGAGGGUUUACCCUUGAGGAUUAUUUUCACGUCUUGGUACCUCCAGUGCACACUCAAUGCAACUAUCAUGCUGGUUUCAUGCCAGCGACUAAGUCACUUGCGAUCCUUUUACAAACACUGGGAUUCUCUUUUCAAGAACAAUGCGACGAAAGAAAUCGGAUGUGGAAUCAAAUGUCCAAUAGAGUAUUUCAAGCUUGUAACAUCAGCAGGAUGGUGUGUAGUUGCCGUCAGCUUAACUGCAUGUUUUAUUGUCACUCUUGGAAACUCGCCAACGUUGAAGCCUGUCACUGGAGACUUUACUCGCCCAUUUCAAGAGGAACCAUGGGAGGUGUCACUCAUUCUUAUCCUGUAUACUUUCAGCACUGGCGCAUGGGUAUUUCCUGUAAUCUUCGUGGUUGUAGUUUCCAGUGUUAUCAAAGGUCAGUUUCUAAGAUUUAGGGAUGUCCUCUCCAAGCAGAUUCAGGAAGCAGGUGACAACAUCCCUGCUAGUCUACCAGCACUGAGAUCUCGUUACUCACAGCUUUGUCAGACUGUGGCUAUCAUCAACAGAACCUUCAAGUGGAUCCUUGGGGUGUCGUUUUUCCUUCAGGUGCUCUUGGCCUGUUUUAUUUCCUACCAGAUGAUAAAUGGCCCAAAGGAGAUUGUUACAACUUUUAUCCAUUCGUAUUGGCUUGGAGGUUCUUUUGUAUUCAUUAUUUUGCUGACAAGGAGCAGUUCAGAUGUGAAUGACGCAGCCCACUCUUUGCUGGAGGAUAUUUUCCAGAUUGGGACAAUAAAUGCCACAACAGAAUAUCUAGGACAGCUGAACCUCUUUGUCUCCCAGCUGACAGGAACAUCCACUGGAUUUACGGCCAUGAACUUCUUUGUCAUCAGAAAGGAGUUCCUUCUGACUCUGGGUGGUCUGUUCAUCACCUACUUCUUCGUCCUGAUGCAGUUCAAGAUAUAGACUGACAUGUGGUGGCAUUUGAAUAGACAUUCAAAACAUUCCACAAAUUGUGUUUAUUUCACAACUGGAUCAUCAAACAACGUACUGUAUGACACAGUAACAGCAACUGCAGCUGUGUAAAUGAUGUUGCUGUGAUCAUUGAAAACCAUGGCAACUAUCAAU